AUGGAUGGCCCCAUUGCAUCCGCCGUAAUCGUCCCAGAUGAACUCGCAGUGCCAGCCUCGCCUGUGAACGGCCAGAAGAGACGCCAGGAAUCAGUGUCAGAAGACAGCGGAAAGCGACCGAGACUCGACCAAGAUGCCCCAGUCAAUGAGCGACGUAACUCUAUCAAAGACACCAAGCCUGCCCCAGUGCGACGCGAAAAAGGCCGAGAGCGAAGACUAUUUGGCGCCGUCUUAGGUGCACUCUCACAGAACACUACUACCACAGCACAGAGACGCCGCAACGAUGUAGAGAAGCGCCAAUUGGCCCAACGCAAACAAGACGCCCAAGAGAGCGAGCAGAGGAAAGCAGAGCGUGCAGCACUGCGCAAAGAGCAGCGAUGGAGAGAGCAAAAGCACUACGAAAGGCAACUGCCUUGGGAGACUAGCCGCGAUGAAGAAGAACGCAUACAAAUCCAAAUAGCCGAAGCCGAAGACGCCAUCAAACGCGACCUGGACGAAUACGAGGCUCGCGAGCAGCCGGAUAAUCAGCGGAGGCGGGACACUUCCGAAGGAUUGAGUCGUAAUGCAGAGGGUUCCCAUACCAGUAAGAACCACAAUGCAGACGCGCCUCAAGAAACAUCCACAACCAAUGGCGGAACUAAUGGUAGCGCCACAUCACCCAAAGACCUGGACAUGAAGGACCAUAACCCCGAUGCCCCAGGGAUAGCAGAGGAGCACGCUCCCACACAUCCGCAGCAUGACAAGGUUGCAAGUAAUGAGGCUGUCGCUGACCAACCCAUGAAGGUUGAUGAUGAUGACGAAAACGGCGAAGAUGUCGUCGAAGAAGCUGCAGAAGACACCCUCAUCUACUAA